AUGUCGGAUACCGAUAAACCACAGGAGGAUUUCAUCUCCGACAGAGCUAAAAGCUCAAGCACGAAUCUUCCGGAAGCUGAAAAGGUCGUAACUCUUGACACAUUACAUAAUGACGAGGCGAUCAAAGUUCUUGCAAAUUACACAGGGGAUGAGACAUGGACAGAUGUGGAAGAAAAGCUUCUUCUCAGACGAAUUGACUGGAAACUGAUGCCAAUCCUGUGCAUCACCUAUGGUCUACAGUACUAUGACAAGGCCAUGUAUUCUCAGGCCGCACUUUUUGGUCUCAUUACUGACUUGGAUCUGGCGAUCGGUAAUCGAUAUUCUUUCGGUGCUGCCAUCCUUUAUCUAGGAUUCAUUAUCGGGACAUAUCCGGCUAUGACCCUUGCUCAGAGGUUUCCAAUCGAACGAGUCGCCUCGGUCAUUGUCACUCUCUGGGGAAUUUGUUUGAUCCUCACUCCUGUCUGUGUCAAUUACAGGGCACUUUACGCGCAAAGAUUCUUCCUUGGAAUGCUCGAAAGUGGGAUUAGUCCCAUGUUCAUGCUCAUUGUAGGAGGAUGGUAUAAAAAGAAUGAACAAGCGAUGCGCAUGGGAAUCUGGUACAGUUGUACCGGUUAUGUCUCGAUAUUUUCGCCCUUGAUUAAUUAUGGCUUGGGUCAUAUCAAAGGGGCUCUCUCACCUUGGAAAUACAUGUACUUUGUCGCCGGUGCAGUCUCUAUUGUGUGGGGUAUUGUACUCGUGUUUCUCUUACCUGCCGACCCAGUCAGUGCCCGAGGGUUCAAUGAGCGACAACGGUACAUCGCAGUUGCCCGGCUGCGUACCAAUAACUCGGGAGUACGAAACACUCACUAUAAGAAGGGGCAGGUUGCCGAAUUGCUUUACGACAUCAAAUUUUGGCUCAUCUUCCUUAUCGCUUUUCUAAGCAUGAUUGCUAACGGGCCUAUUUCGACCUUCAUUCCAACCAUCAUUGCCUCCUUUGGCUUCAGUACUCUCAACUCUCUACUAUUGGUCAUGCCACAGGGAUUUCUCGGGGGCUCUUACAUGCUUAUUGCACCAUAUCUAGCAUACCGUUUCUCUGAAAAUAGUGUUAGAUCAUGGAUUGUUUUCACAGCUCAGAUGAUCACGACAUUAGCCGCUAUUUUGUUGGUAACGCUGCCUAUUGAUGCAACUGGUGGCCUGCUGUUCGCAUGCUAUAUCCUCCCUGCUAUUGGAGGGGGCUACGGAGUACUCAUGGGGCUUCAAAUUGCAAAUAUUGCUGGAUAUACCAAGCGUGCUAUUGCCUCAUCUGGUCUAUAUGUAGGGUACUGUCUAGGCAAUUUCACUGGCCCUCUUCUCUACAAAGAACACGAUGCUCCUCGCUAUACCCCAGGGUUUAUAGUGGUUAUUGUAACAUCCUUAAUCGCGGGCAUCCUAGUACUUAUAUAUCGGUUUGUCUGUGCAUCUGACAAUCAGCGUCGAGAUGGAUCUGGUACUGCUGAGGGAUAUGAGAAUGCAUACCAAGAUGAUUUGACUGAUAAAACGAACCCACAAUUCAGGUACAUUUUGUAA